AGAGAAUCAGGAGGGCGUGUUUAAAAGCCUGUGGGAUCCAUUCCUUGUUUUCCGUGCGUCCCGGAGGUUGGAAGGCAAGCUGAAAGUUCAAACAGAGACACACUCCCUCAUGCUCUGCAUGGCAAGAGCUCAGAGAUUAAAGGGGGUUUGUCUGCACCGUCAACAACGGGGAUUUGCUCCCGGGCUCCCGACUUGCCAAAGACGAAGGAAGGGUGACUCAUUUCUUCUUAGGUUGCAACUUUUUGCACAGAUUUGACUUUGGCUGCCAAACGAGCGUUGGAUAACCACAUUUUUCUUUUGUUCUGUGCAAGACAAGUAGAAGAGAGAGCGAGAGAGAGAGAGCAGCUACCAUCCAAAUGCCCGUGUGAGGAGCCAGAGGGCGCAGGUGGCAGCGAGGCUUCGCUCUAACUUUUGAAGUUUUUUCUUUCUUCCUCCGUGUCAAAGGUGAAGGAUUAUGCCUGCCGGAGGAAUUUGGUCUUUAAAUGAAGGACUCGGUGAGCUUGAAUCUCAGCCUCUCGGAAUGUGAGCGGCAGCGGCGGCCGGUGCGAACGCGCUCGUGGACGAGGACGCGCGAGUCGAACCAGUUGCGAGCGAAGUGCCAUGCUCUUCCUUAGCGGUGGGACCGUGGAUGUGACCCCGAGGAGUUCAGCCGUCGGCCCACCGGGGAACGCCGUUUACCACGUCACCCCGAAGGAAACGCAGGGCGAUGCGCCGGUGUCGCCGCUGGGAACGGGCCGGGUCGCCCACAACCUGGUUGAGAAUUGCCCGCCGGGAGCAGAGGUAAUCCGGAUGGUGCCAAUGGAGAACAGCCCCAGGCUGGGCAGGGCACGGCACGAGCUCGACAGGUGGCCGUCCCUGAGCCGCCCGGGUAGAGCCGGGAGGCAAAGAGAGGAGGUAGUCGAGGAGGAGAAUGAGGAGGAGCUGGAGGAGCUGGCGGUAGAAAUGAAGACGGACAGGUUUUUGAAGCAGCCUUGCAGGUCCUUGGGUAACCCUUCACAGCGAGAAAGAGACGUGGCGGAGUCGACCGCUCAGACGGAGCGACGCGCUGGGAGCUCAACGCUGCGAUCCGAGAGACUCGUCUUGAGGGGACAUGGCGCCGCCGCCGCGGGCCACGGCUCUCUGCCCCGGGCCGUGCUGCGAAGGUCGAGACGGGACGAAGCGCCGGCGGGUCGGAGACCGGUGAGCAUGUAUGGCGACUCGGUCAAGCAGCAACGAGAUUGUCAACUUGAACAAGAAAGGCGUCUGAGGAGGCCCAGGAGCGUGUGCAUGCUGGCAGGCCCCGGCCCGGUCCCGCCGGAGACCCGGAGCCAGCAGCCCUUCACCAGGGCGGGCAUCGGCGAGAGCAACCAGCCCAACCGGAGCAGGAAGGCCGAGCUGAGGGCCGUGGAUGGCCUCAAUACGGUGGUCGCUCAGCGGCCUCCGGCGCCCCCGGAGGUGAUCCCCAGGGUGCGCCAGAGGAGCCGGAUGCCCAGGCCCGUCAGCAUGACGGUGCUGGAGCUGCGAAAGAGGGGCUCCGAUGACGAGAUCGACAGCCAGAGGAGCGGCAGCCGCACGGGCAUCGACGCGGGGGGCUUCCUCAAAGGGGGCUUCCGCUGGAGGCUUUUCGGCAAAGCGUCUCUCGAUAAGAGCAAGGAGAGCGACGGCGACAGAGAUGCAAAGUCUCCUCCCAAAUCCGGUAAAUCCGAAGCGCCAAAAAGUGCACUGGGCUCUUUGAGAAGGAGCCUCAGCCUGCGAAUCCGGAGGACUCGGCCCCGGGACAAAGCGACUUUUGGACCUGAAAAGGAAUUAAAGGAGAACUCUCGGACUAGAAGCGCGGCCGAGGAGGUCACGAUGCCCCCACGGCCUUUCUCGUACCUCACGGGGAGGACGCUUCCCACGUCCAGCGAGCAGAUUGAGGACGGGGCCGUGCAGUACAUUCAUUACCACAGCAGGGGAAAGGUCAAGGUCAUGGAGGUACCCCUGUGUCCAACGAAACUGUCCUCCAAACCAGUUCAAGAAGAGCCGAGCCUGUGGCAGCUCAUAGCCAACCGGUUCAGGAGGAAAGAGCAGCCGUGCGGCGGCAAAUGUGAAAGCCAGCCGACCCAGAACAAAGACGUCGGCCAAUAUCCCCUGGAAGGGAAUCCUAAGUCACAGCCGGUCUCCAUAGAGACUCCGGCCGGCAUCGACGCCCACAAAGGUCAAGACUCCUUCGUCAACAGCCAGGAAUGGACAUUGAGUCGGUCAGUGCCGGAGCUGAAAGUGGGCAUUGUGGGAAAUCUGUCCAGCGGGAAGUCUGCUCUGGUCCACCGGUACCUGACGGGCACGUAUGUGCAGGAGGAGUCUCCUGAAGGUGGCCGGUUCAAGAAGGAGAUCGUGGUGGAUGGACAGAGCUACCUGCUUCUGAUCCGAGAUGAAGGUGGGCCUCCAGAACUGCAGUUCGCCGCCUGGGUGGACGCCGUGGUGUUCGUCUUCAGCCUGGAGGAUGAGAUCAGCUUCCAGACGGUCUACAACUACUUCCUGCGCCUCUCCAGCUACAGGAACACGGCCGAGGUCCCCAUGGUCCUCGUGGGAACACAAGACGCAAUCAGCGCCGCCAACCCCAGAGUGAUCGAUGACUCGCGGGCCCGGAAGCUGUCGAACGACCUGAAGCGCUGCACGUACUACGAGACCUGCUCCACUUACGGCCUGAACGUGGAGAGAGUCUUCCAGGACGUUGCCCAGAAGGUGGUGGCCAUGAGGAAAAAGCAGCAGCUCUCCAUCGGUCCAUGCAAAUCUCUCCCCAACUCUCCCAGCCACUCGUCAGUGCCCGCCGCCUCCAUCCCCUCCGUCCACCUUAACCAGGCGGCCAAUGGCGGGGGUGCGUUCAGCGACUACUCCUCCUCUGUUCCCUCCACCCCCAGCAUAAGUCAGCGGGAGAUGCGCAUCGAGACCAUCGCCUCCUCCAACACGCCCACGCCCGUCCGCAAGCAGUCGAAGCGCCGCUCCAACAUUUUCACAUCACGGAAAGCCAGUGAACAAGCAAAGAGCGUUGACAGUAAAACAGACAGCAUAGGCAGUGGGCGGGCCAUACCUAUCAAACAGGGAAUCCUCCUGAAGCGAAGUGGCAAAUCCCUCAACAAGGAGUGGAAAAAGAAAUACGUCACACUGUGUGAUAACGGCGUCCUCACUUACCACCCCAGUUUACACGACUACAUGCAGAAUGUGCACGGGAAGGAGAUCGACCUGCUGAGGACCACGGUCAAGGUUCCCGGGAAGCGACCCCCCCGAGCGGUGUCCGCCGUCGCCCCCACGGCGAGCCCCAAGACCAACGGGCUGAGCAAGGACCGCAGCACCUUGCAGCUGGGCAUCGGGAACACAGGCGCCCCUCACUCCAACAGCAGCUCGUCCCUGCAGACGGGCGCGUCGUUGUUCGGCGGCAGCAAAGACGGCAUGCACCAGCGCUCCUUCUCCGUGUCCAGCGCCGACCAGUGGAACGAAGCCAUCAACACCAGCACGAGCAGCGGCGCCCCCAAUGGGAUGAGUGAUCCUGCCAGUUCCUUUGUGGGCAGCGCCACGAGUCCGAAGCUCGAGCCGCCUCCUUCGCCCCACGCCAACCGCAAGAAACACAGACGGAAAAAGAGCACGGGCAUCACGAAGCCAGACGGCUUGUCCGCCGGCAACGAAGAGCACGAGGACACCUUCGAGUUCGUCAUCGUGUCGUUGACGGGUCAGACGUGGAACUUCGAGGCGUCGACCUUCGAGGAGAGGGAACUGUGGGUCCAAGCGGUGGAGAGCCAGAUCUUCGCCAGCCUGCAGUCUUGCGAGAGCAUAAAGAACAAGUCUCGCCUCGGCAGCCAGAGCGACGCGAUGACCAUUCAGUCCAUACGCAACGUGAGGGGGAACAGCUUCUGCGUGGACUGCGAUGCGCCCAACCCGGACUGGGCCAGCCUGAACCUGGGCGCCCUGAUGUGCAUCGAGUGCUCCGGCAUCCACAGAAACCUGGGCACCCACCUGUCUCGCGUCCGCUCCCUGGACCUGGACGACUGGCCGGUGGAGCUCAGCAUGGUGAUGACGGCCAUCGGCAACGCCAUGGCCAACAGCGUGUGGGAGGGCGCUCUGGAGGGCUACACCAAGCCGGGCAGCGACAGCACCAGGGAGGAGAAGGAGCGCUGGAUCCGAGCCAAGUACGAGCAGAAGCUGUUCCUGGCGGAGUCGCCCGAGUCGGACAUGCCCCUGGGGCAGCAGCUGCUUCGGGCGGUGGUGGAGGACGACCUGAGGCUGGUGGUGGUGCUGCUGGCCCACGGCACCAAGGAGGAGGUCAACGAGACGUACGGGGACGGAGACGGACGCACCGCUCUGCACCUCUCCUGCGCCAUGGCCAACGUGGUGAUCACACAGCUGCUCAUCUGGUACGGCGUGGACGUGAAGAGUCGUGACGCUCGUGGCCAGACCACGCUGUCCUACGCCCGGCGAGCCGGCAGCCAGGAGUGCGCCGACAUCUUGCUUCAGCACGGUUGCCCCAACGACACGAGCAGCCUGACGUCCGUGGCCACGCCCAACAUGAGCCGCCGCAACCCCAACAUCAACAACAACAACGCCCAGUGCGAGCUCAACCGCAGCAUCAGCAUCAUGUAGGAGUCGGCGAGCGGCUGCGGACGAGCACCCGCGCGAAAGAACACAAACCCGAAAACCCGAGCCCGCUCCCCCCCAGUAUUUCCUCCUCUUCACCCAGAAGCAGGACUAACGGAGAGAAAUCAGGAGCGCUGGACUCAUUGUUUAUAUUCCCCUAUGCCGAAAGAACUGGGUGUUCAGACAUUGUACAUGGUUUGUUUUAUACUAUUAUUUUCAAUUUCGUUUGAAUUAUAUCAAUCCUGGUCCGAGAUGAUCACGAUCAGCUUUAAGCUCUUUUUGUUUUUGAAGCGCAAACCAAACAAAUGACUUACUUUUGCAUUCGUACCUACCUUACGAAAAGCAUUUCCUUAAUGCUUGAACAUUUCCUUUUUAUGUCUACCCCUUCUUCCGCGACGUGAACCGAUUUCAUAAUGAGCUUGAAAUGAGAAACAUCCUCCAAAUUUCCACGGCGAAGCAUAAUAACGAAAAACUGUGAGGAAUAGUUGUGCAAGCGACAGAACACUGAUGCGGGGAACGAAACUAAAUCUCCCAUGAUCUCAAUGGCUGUUGCGGCUUUCGUAUAAUGAUGCAUGUCUUCUACACGGCGAUCUAACUCAUGACAUACUAUUCAUACACAAAGGCAAAGCAAUUAUAAUUGAAGAGUCCAAAUGAUUUAGAUACUUAAUUAACAGGAAAAUGUGUUCGGAUCAUCAUAAAGGAGUUGAUUGCAGAAUUCCUAUCGGGUGAAAGUGAGUCGUUUCCUUCGCCUCCCUCGUCGUGAUCCUCCAGUAAAAAGUGUCCGUGUCUAUAAAGGAAUUAAGGGGCAUAAUGUUUUAUGACCAUCGAGCCACGUGGCUCUGUAAGCGAUGCCUCUUCAAUCAAAAUGCAUUCAGAAUUGUAAACGUUUGAUUGAAACAGUGAAAUCGCACCAUUAACAAUGUCUUUGUUGGACUAAUUUUCCCCCCGAUUGACUAGAUUGUGCUGUUGAUUGUUUGACAUAGAUACUGGAACAUCUAUUCACCUCCUGUGGCCGAAGGCUGUGGACGCGGUACUCUUCUUUUGUUGCUGUGAAAUACACAUAUGGUUGUGUGUGUGUGUGUGUGUGUGUGCAUUUCUGUACAACACGUGUGUGCUUAUGCGUCUUCAUCUGUGACCGCGUGCAGCAGAUGGCGACCACUUCUGUCCAUAAACCCAGAGGAGAAAGGACAAGGGCGAGGAGACACCUGCCGUGCAAGAUGAACAGAACUGUGUUUCGAUGUACAGCCGUCUGUAAAAUAGGAGUUAUUGUUCGUUCACCUUCCCUCUGAUAAGAAACAGACUCGUGACUUUCCUUUUUCCUUCAACGCGUGUGUCGGCCUAACAGUGGGGCGUUAACGAAAAGCCUUCAAAGUGACAUUUAGGGAUUAAAAUGAGCGGAGAUGCAUGGAGGGAA